AUUAAUGGAAGUUCCCAAAUACCCCAAAGCUAAUGAUUUUUGUUUUCUUUUUACUCGUAUGAUUUCAAGUCUUUAUAAAUACGAAAAUCAAUCUCACAAAUCAUCAACAAUAACCUUAAUAAAUCUCCACUCUCUUCUUACAUGUACAACAACAAAAUAACCAAACAUCUUUUCUCCCCUUCUCUGUCUCUCUCUCUACACUACCCACACAGACAAUAAACAGAUAAAGACAGUCAGUCUCUAAUGGAUUUAGAACAGAAGACAAGAGGACUUAGCAAGUCAUGUGCUCUUCUCAUAGUGAUUGCGGGAAUGGAGAGAUAUGCAUUCAAAGGAGUUGCAUCAAACUUAGUGACAUAUCUAACAGAUGUAGUGAAGAUGAGUAAUUCAAGAGCAGCUAAAACAGUUAACACUUGGGCUGGUUUCACUUCUAUGCUGCCUCUCUUCUCUGCUCCUUUGGCUGAUACUUAUUGGGACAGAUUCUUCACUAUCCUCGCUUCUUCUUCUGUCUACUUUGUGGGGCUAGUGGGAUUGACAUGGACAGCAUUUGCUGGGUCACGUUCAGCUACUAAGACGAUCUCUACGUGUUUUCUCUACUCUUCACUAUGUCUUGUCUCAAUCGGUUUAGGCGUUCUAAACCCUUCUCUUCAAGCCUUUGGUGCAGACCAGCUUGACCACGACCUUGAUAAGAAUUCCGAGUUUUUCUCGGGUGAUCAAAAGGAGGCUAAAGCUACCCGAAAGACUCAGUUUUUCCAAUGGUGGUACUUUGGCGUCUGCACCGGAAGCCUUAUGGGUGUCACAGUCAUGGCUUAUAUUCAAGACACUUUUGGUUGGGUUCUCGGUUUUGCUAUUCCCGGAAUCGCAAUGUUCCUACUGAUCUUGAUGUUCUUGUCGGGUUGCGGAAUCUAUGUUUAUUCUUCGGGUGGUGGUCUGAAGAUGAAAACAACUACUACACCUUUUGAGAAGAUCCUUAAAUUCAUUCAAGGGAGAGUAGUGAAGACGAAGAAAAACAUAUAUACACUUGCAGAUGAGAAAGAUUUGGAUGCUAUGGAGCUUGAGCUACAAGAGAGGCCUCUCUGUAACUGUGAUGAUAGCACUGAGACCAAAGACGUUGAGGCUGCUUCAACAACCACCAAAGGAUUGGGAGAAGAGGAGAGCUUGAAAACGGUUUUCUCUGGGCUUGAUAAUGUGAAGUCAGUGAUUCGCCUUUUGCCCAUAUGGACGAUGCUUCUCAUGUUUGCGGUUAUCUUCCAGCUGCCAGCAACUUUUUUCACCAAACAAGGUAUGACUAUGAAGCGAAACAUUGGGACCAACUUCAGAAUCCCACCUGCAACCCUGCAAAGCACGAUCACGUUAUCCAUCAUCCUUCUUAUGCCAUUAUACGAUAAGAUUUUGAUACCUAUUACCAAGAGAAUCAAGAAAAACGGUAAAGGCAUCUCUGUGAUGGAGAGAAUGGGAGUCGGAAUGUUUCUAUCCAUCAUCGCCAUUGUUAGAGCGGCAAUAGUCGAAAGGAAAAGACUAGACAUAAGCCAAAAGAUGAAGACUUUACCUGAUUAUGAUCCAGAAACCGUCCCACUGAGCAUCUUCUGGCUGCUCCCUCAGUAUAUCCUCUUGGGAAUCUCGGAUAUUUUCACUGUCGUUGGUAUGCAAGAGUUUUUCUACAGCGAGGUUCCUGUUAGAAUGAGAACAAUGGGAUUUGCACUCUACACAAGCGUUUUUGGUGUUGGAAGCUUUGUGAGCGCUGCGCUGAUCUCAGUCGUGGAGGCUUACUCGAGCUCAACAGGGGACUGCCAAAACUGGUUUGCGGAUGAUAUGUCGAAAGCUCGGCUUGACAAUUACUACUGGCUACUUGCUGUUACAAGUACAAUAAGCUUUGUUGUCUACAUAGUUCUAUGCAAGUUUUUCAAGAGUAGCAGUGAUCAAGGCGAUGCAAAAGAAGAAGCCCCUAAAUGAAAAGAAGACCAACUUCGAUUCCUUUGACACAGUCAGACUUAGAUAACUGUUUGCCACAAGAUUCCACGAUAGAUUACACUGUAGUGUAGUAGGUUUAGAACUAACUAGCGAACCAUGAAGAAAAGGAAGAAAACCGUUCUCUACAAGAUCUUAAUUCAUAAAAAAACAAUCUCUUCUACUAUCAAAUGCAAAUGAUUCAACAUUAUUAUUA